AUGGUUUUAACAGUUAAAUCAACAAAAGAAAUCACAGAAGAGUGGAUCGAAUUUACUUUGGCAGUUUCCAAGAUCAGUGAUGAAAAUGCAAGACAAUGGUUAGAAAAAAGAGUUCGUUAUUUGAGAAAUGCAUUCUCAGACAAUGAGUUUAGAAAGGACAAAGAACACAUUGUAUACAGAGAGAAAUACCAUUUAUCUAAAGAUAUAGUUGCCAAUCUAAGUGAUCAGGAAGCAAUAAAUGUACUGAGACCAUGGUUAACACCUGUUAUCCCAAUCAGAAUUGAUAAGUUGUAA